CUGUCCGUUCCACGUCCCUGAACUCGGCCAGCCGCCCAGUCCCUUUUCGCCUGAAGCGCUGUUUUCCCCUGGGAAGUGCGGCCGCCCGCUCCUAGCCGGGCCCUCUGCCCCCAACCCGCGCUGCAGGGAGUAGCGGGGCUAAGGAAGCCGGUCCAGCCAUGGCGACUCCGUCCGCUGCCUUCGAGGCCCUUAUGAAUGGAGUGACGAGCUGGGAUGUCCCCGAAGACGCCGUCCCGUGUGAACUGCUCCUUAUCGGAGAAGCCUCCUUCCCGGUGAUGGUGAAUGACAUGGGCCAGGUCCUCAUCGCGGCCUCCUCCUAUGGCCGAGGCCGCCUGGUGGUGGCGUCCCACGAGGACUACUUGGUGGAGGCCCAGCUCACCCCCUUUCUCCUCAACGCAGUGGGUUGGCUUUGCUCUUCCCCCGGGGCGCCCGUGGGUGUACACCCAUCCCUGGCACCUCUGGCCAAAAUCCUGGAGGGCUCUGGAGUGGAGGCAAAGGUUGAGCCGGAAGUGAAAGACUCCCUGGGGGUUUACUGCAUUGAUGCCUACAAUGAAACCAUGACUGAGAAGCUGGUCAAGUUCAUGAAACGUGGAGGAGGCUUGCUCAUUGGAGGCCAGGCCUGGGAUUGGGCCAACCAGGGCGAUGAUGAGAGGGUUCUGUUCACGUUCCCGGGGAACCUCGUGACCAGCGUGGCCGGUGUGUACUUCACCGACAACAAAGGGGACACGAGUUUCUUUAAAGUCUCUAAGAAGAUGCCCAAGAUCCCAGUCUUGGUGAGUUGUGAGGAUGAUCUCUCUGAGGACAGAGAUGAGCUCCUGCACGGGAUUUCCGAGCUGGACAUCACCAAUUCAGACUGUUUCCCAUCCCAGCUGCUAGUGCACGGGGCCUUAGCCUUUCCCCUGGGGCUAGAUUCCUACCACGGCUGUGUCAUAGCGGCUGCCCGCUACGGCCGGGGCCGGGUGGUCGUGACCGGCCACAAGGUCCUAUUCACCGUGAGUAAACUGGGCCCCUUCUUGCUCAACGCCGUCCGCUGGCUGGACGCGGGCCGCAGAGGCAAGAUUGUGGUGCAGACAGAACUGAGGACUCUGAGUGGGCUGCUCGCCGUGGGGGGCAUAGACACCAGCAUUGAGCCCAAUCUGACCAGCGAUGCCAGCGUCUAUUGCUUUGAGCCCGUGAGCGAUGUCGGAGUCAAGGAGCUGCAGGAGUUUGUCGCCGAGGGCGGGGGCCUGUUUGUCGGAGCCCAGGCCUGGUGGUGGGCCUUCAAGAACCCAGGCGUGUCCCCUUUGGCGCGGUUCCCAGGAAACCUCCUCCUCAACCCCUUUGGCAUUAGCAUCACCAGCCAAAGCCUCAACCCGGGGCCCUUUCGUACCCCCAAGGCGGGGAUAAGGACCUACCACUUCCGUUCCACCCUGGCUGAGUUCCAGGUUAUCAUGGGCAGGAAGAGAGGGAACGUGGAGAAGGGCUGGUUGGCCAAGCUGGGCCCCGACGGCGCGGCUUUUCUGCAAAUCCCCGCCGAGGAGAUCCCCGCCUACAUGUCGGUGCACCGGCUCCUAAGGAAGCUGCUGAGUCGCUAUCGGCUCCCAGUGGCGACCCGUGAGAACCCCGUCAUCAACGACUGCUGCCGGGGUGCCAUGCUGUCCCUGGCCACGGGGCUCGCUCACUCCGGAAGCGACCUCUCUCUGUUGGUCCCCGAAAUUGAAGACAUCUACAGCAGCCCAUAUCUGCGCCCUUUGGAAUCGCCCAUCACCGUGGAGGUCAACUGCAACAAUCCGGGCACCAGGUACUGCUGGAUGAGUACCGGGCUCUACAUACCCGGAAGGCAAAUUAUUGAGGUCUCCCUGCCUGAAGCCGCCGCCUCUGCUGACCUGAAGAUACAGAUUGGCUGCCACACCGAUGACCUGACCAGGGCCAGCAAGCUGUUCCGAGGGCCCCUGGUGAUUAACCGCUGCUGCCUGGACAAGCCCACCAAGUCCAUCACGUGCCUCUGGGGGGGCCUCCUGUACAUCAUCGUGCCUCAGAGCAGCAAGCUGGGCACCGUGCCUGUCACGGUGAAGGGAGCUGUGCAUGCUCCUUACUACAAGCUCGGGGAGACAACCCAGGAGGAGUGGAAGCGGCAGAUCCAGGAGAACCCAGGUCCCUGGGGAGAGCUGGCCACGGACAACAUCAUCCUGACGGUGCCGACCGCGAACCUCCGCACCCUGGAGAACCCCGAGCCGCUGCUUCGCCUCUGGGACGAGGUGAUGCAGGCCGUGGCCCGGCUGGGGGCCGAGCCCUUCCCGCUGCGUCUGACUCAGAGGAUCGUUGCCGACGUGCAGAUCUCAGUCGGCUGGAUGCACGCAGGCUACCCCAUCAUGUGCCACCUGGAGUCGGUGCAGGAGCUCAUCAGUGAGAAACUCAUCAGAACCAAGGGCCUCUGGGGCCCCGUGCACGAGCUGGGCCGCAACCAGCAGCGGCAGGAGUGGGAGUUCCCCCCGCACACCACCGAGGCCACCUGCAACCUGUGGUGUGUCUACGUGCACGAGACGGUCCUGGGCAUCCCUCGAGGACGAGCCAACAUUGCUCUGUGGCCCCCGGUUCGGGAGAAGAGAGUCCGUAUUUACCUGGGCAAGGGUCCCAAUGUGAAAAAUUGGAAUGCGUGGACGGCCCUGGAGACGUACUUACAGCUCCAGGAGGCCUUUGGGUGGGAGCCGUUCAUCCGUCUCUUCUCCGAGUACAGGAACCAGACCAACUUGCCCACAGACAACGUCGACAAGAUGAAUCUGUGGGUGAAAAUGUUCUCCCACCAAGUGCAGAAGAAUCUGGCUCCGUUCUUUGAGGCCUGGGCCUGGCCGAUCCAGAAGGAAGUGGCAACCAGCCUGGCCUAUCUGCCUGAAUGGAAGGAAAAUAUAAUGAAAUUGUACCUCCUCACACAGAUGCCCCACUGAAACUGAAGUCAAGAAACAUAAAAGAGAAUUGAGUCAUCUCAGCAAAGAAAACUGAAGGAAUUUGGUUGUAAGUGAAGGAGAUCUCAACACAUUCCUGAAAGAGAGAAAGUGGAAGACACAAUAAUGAAAGAGUACAGCUCCUUGCAGGCAGAAUAUAAGCUGAUCUGGACACAAAACCCCAAGAGACUUGGGUACCUGAAAAGUCUAUUUACUAAAGAAUUAUGUCAGUUGUGAAAUUGAUUCCCCUCCCAUUCUACCCCAACGUCUGUGCACAGAACACAGGCAACCUACCAUUGGUUUCAAGUCUGUUGUUAUUGUGGUUGUUCUGUUGGUGGUGUUUGUGUAAAGGAAUCAGAUAAACUGCUUGAGGAGAGGUAGGAGUUGGUGCUCCAAAGUAAAUUUCUCUUUUAUGGAAAUAAACGAGCCCCUAGCCUAUUAGCUAAUUCUCUGCUGACAGCCAAGAUCCCUACUCAAGUAACCAAGUGCUUUCAGUCACAGAAAGACGUCCUGCAGAAGCAGACAGACCACAGGGAGCCCAAGCAACUAUAUAAAAAACUCAUAUUGAUUCUUCAGUGAAAAUCGUCGGCUCGGAAUUCCCAAGACAUUGAGCCUUAGGGGGAGUGGUUGGGGAAGGGACCAGGAAAGCAGCAUGGAUUCAAGAGAUUUGAAAAAUAUAACAAAUUCUGGGAGAAACAGAGUUAGCAUGGGAAAAAUGACUUAAAAUAUCUGUAUCUUUGGAGAGACGUGAGGUGCAUCUGUAAGAUUAAAAACAGGGUGCUACAAAGAAAGGGAAAACAUUGAAAAUAAGAACCCUUAAACUGAAAUAAGGCUGCCAAAAAUAUUUAGUAGACAGACUCUAAGACAAGAUUGAGGGAAUCUUCCCAGAUGUGGAGCAAAAAGAAAUAGGAAAUAUAAAGGGCAGGGGGAGAGAUAGACAAUCAGUAUCUGUUAGGAGUUUCUAGAAGAGAGAACAUAGAAAAUGUUGUGAAGAAAAAGAAAAACAAUUGAACAGAAAUAACUUAAAUCGCCAAAUUGAGAAGACCCCCAUACAACCUACGUCUGGACACAGUCUUCUGAAAUUUUGGAAUAUUAAGGAUGAAGCAAAGAUAUUAGAAGUGCCAAGAGAAAAGAUAAAGUUAGAUCAUCAUGAUUAGCUCAACUAAAAAGGGAUGAGAAAUAGAUUGGGAGAUUUUUCACCAGCAACACAAUGACAUAGGCCAAUAGAGGAAUGUCUUCACACAUGGAAAAUCUCUGUACCCAAAAUUCCACAGCAAGCCAAACGAAGGAAGUUUUCUGACAUGCAAGUUUUCAGAACAUCUACCUUCUUUGCACUUGGAAAGGAAAUUCUCUCUCACCUGCUAAGGAAAUUCUGCAGCAAAAUGAAGAUGAAAAUCAGGAAAGAGGAAGAAAUUGGAACCAGAAGACAGUGAACCUCACCCAAGAUGUCUCACUCCAGAGUGACCAUUAUCCAACAGGAAGGCUCACUCCAGAGUGACCAUUAUCCAGGAGACCCAUUUCAGAUGAGAGUACAUGGUCUCAGACUCUCUGAUUCUGUGCCAUAGACAUUAUCCUUGAGAAGCUAGAAUGUUUGAGAAAUGGAGGAGAUGCAUUCUUUAAUAAACACAAAGGAAAACAAAACAAAAAUAUGUCAAAUUCAAGUCCAGUUAUGAGAUAAUGAUAGCAAAAAUUACUCACGGAAUAUAAGAAGAGACUGGAUUUGUCAUUGGCGGUAGGUAUAUUUCUUUUCAAGUGACAUAGGAAUCGUGACAUUGAAUAUGUUUGGAAGAAAAUAUCGUAGCUUCUACUUUGUUGUUUAGUCCAUAAGUCAUGGCCAACUCUUUGUGACCCCAUGGACUGUAGCCCACCAGGCCCCUCUGCCCAUGGGAUUUCCCAGGCAAGAAUAUUGGAGAGGGUUUCCAUUUCCUUCUCCAGGGGCUCUUCCCAACCCUGGGAUCAAACCCAGGUCUCCUCCAUUGGCAGGCGGAUUCUUUACUGCUGAGCCGCCAACUCUCAGUAAACAGUAUUUACAAAGCCAAAAUAAUGUGAAUACUAUUUAUUGGUAUUCAGUGGUCUGAUCAGCCUAUAAACAAAACAUGAGAGGCCUAAUCUUUUAUCCAGAAAUAAAACUGAAAGUAACCUAUCUUAUAAAAGGAAAAAGAAAGCAGAAGUUGAGAAUUCAUUGAGGGAAGAGCGGUGGAGAGAAGAGUAGAAUUACUUGUCUAUUCAAAACGGGGAUGAAAAGUCUACAGUUAAUGGGACAAGGACUGAAGGAUUAGUUACUGUUCAAAAUUAUAAAUUAAACCAAUAGAAGCAUUAAAAGUGAUAUCUAUCAAAAAAUUGGGAAAGGAUAGGCAGAUGAAAGGUGGGAAUAGUGUAAGUUAAAUCCUUAUCUUUUGUAAUGGGGAAUUAUUAAAGAUUGUCUAAAGUUAAUAAGUCAAGAAAUUAUUGUUCAAACAUAUUAUUUAAUGUUAGGAAGUUAGUUAACAGAAUAUCUAAAAAUAGAAAUUGUUAAAUGCAUCACCUCUAGGGUAUGGGACUAGUAUUAAAAGGGUGGAGUGGGAAACUGUGUUUUUCAUUUUAAGUCCUUCUGUACUAUUUAAUUUUUUACCUUGUGCAUGUAUUACUCUGAGAAAUUUUUAAUAAACUCAAAUAAAAAUCC